CAGAGAAACAUAUGCAUACAUAUUCACAUAUUUAUUUAUAUUUCUGCUUUCUAUACUUGAAACCAAUUGUCACAUUGCAGGUGACAGAUGAAAAUAAUAGUCCUGAGCCAACAACCAUCCCCAGAGAGAAUUGCAAACGUUUAAGAGACAUUGUGCUUAACGUUCGCAUCCAGAGGCCUUACCACAAGAAAACUCACAUGAAAAAAGCAUGCAAUCGAUUUCCAUCACACAGUCAAGAACUACUGGUACUGGGGUCACAGAAGCUGACAGAGCUGCGGGAUGCAAUCAACUGCAUCAAUGACCUGGGUGUCAAUAAGGACCUCUCACUUGAUCCAGAAUUCCAUCAUCUCUCAUAUAUGAGGAAUAAUUCUACCAAAUUUCCUUCUGGAUUUUUCUACAUCAAUGGUGUUUUUUAUGAUGACCUUCGCCAAGAGGGAUCAAAAUGUUACAGUGAAAGCAUUAUUAACUGGGCAAAGAAGCACCCAGAAAUUGGUGAGAUGAGAGCAGAAAGCAUGAGUGAGACAACUUUCCUUGACUUGAAGGUGCGUCUAGGCUACCCAUAUGUCUUUCUUCAUCAAGGAAAUUGUGAACACAUUAUCAUCUUCACAGAUAUCAGAUUACACCACCAGAACGACGUUCCAGAUCCCCAACGUUUCCCUCUGUUACGUGGUCAAGCAUCAAAACUUUCAGUCAAGUGUGUCAUCUGUUCUUUAAACUUAGCUAAGUGAGUAUAUACUCUUAACAUCAGUGUGUUUU